AUGUACUGCCGGACAUUUUAUCCUAAUACUAAUUCUUAUUCUUCCUUUCUUUUCACUCGUUCUGACUAUAAUAAUACUUUGAAUCAUCCUACUUGUUCUUCUUCUCCAUCUUAUCAUGAUCAAAUAUCAUCACCACCAACAACAAUAACAACACAACAUCAUCGUCGUCGACGAUUAGAAGAUCCAAUUAUUACUUAUGCAUCAAAUUAUUAUGCUACAUAUCCUCAACAAACAUUACAUUCGCCACCACCAUCACCACAAACUACUACUACUACGAUUCCAUCAAAUCGUCGAAUUUAUCAAGAAUCACAUGAUAAAGAUACUUAUUGUGAUCUAUAUAAUCUACUUGAAUGUCCUUCAUCAGUAAAACAAAGAAAAAAAUAUAUAUUGAGUGAUAAUAAUCUACGUUGUCAUCAUCGUUCAAUUGAUUAUAAAGAUUCUCAUGUUAAAGUAAACAAUAUUAGUGAACGAAAACAUCAUACAAAACAACAACAACAACAACAACAAGAACAGCAACAACCUUCGUGUUUUAACGAUAAAAAAUGUCAAAACAACAAAUUAUCAUUGAAGAAACAAUAUCAUAAAUCGCAAGAAAAAAUAAAAAAUAACGAUCGUAUUUGUCAACGACAUUCACCAAGUAAAGGAUUUUUUCGACGAGUUGCAUGCAACUAUUUUUGUAUGCCUAUAACAGAUACCAAUGGAGAUAUUUCGAGUUAA